AUGAGCGUUGGAAGUGACGAAAUCAACUAUUUGGUAUACAGAUAUCUACAGGAGUCUGGAUACAUUCACUCCGCAUAUGUCUUCAAGGAGGAAUCGAAUGUCACACAAGCCUGUGUCAAAGGUGGAAUUGUCCCUCCAGCGGCGCUAAUAGCGUUGUUGAUGAAAGGUCUCCAGUAUGUCGAGUCGGAAAUAAUGCUCAACGAAGACGGAAGCAUAAUAGAAGGCCGUUCUACAGAAGCACUGUCGCUGAUUGACGCUUCCAUGCCCGAAAUCGUCAUGGCAAGGCGGCAAGCGCUGCUCGAGCUCGUCGCCGAAGAAGAAAAAAAAAAAUUGGAAGAGCAAAAGUCUUUGGAGCUGAAACGUCAACGUGACGAGUCUUUGACAAGCGGAGGAAACGAUUCGAUUAAGAAAAUCAAGGCCGAACAAAAUGGAAACAACUACAAUAGCAACGAGCCGAACAGGCUCCACAACUCGGUGCCAAAUGGUGUACGCGCGCCGGCGAAUCCUCCGCUGGAGCCGCUAACGGAUGUUCUCAUACCGCAGUCCAGAGUGACGACACUGGCUGGUCACGAAAGCGAGGUCUUCAUCUGUGCCUGGGCGCCCAAUUCCGACCUGCUUGCCUCUGGUUCUGGAGAUUCGACGGCUAGGAUAUGGAAUUUAACCGACUCGAGUUCUUCCGUUGGCGAUUCGAUGGUGUUGAGACAUACGAGGCGAGUUGAUGCACGUGAUCCAGCUCCGACUUUGGCGAACAAAGAUGUGACUAGUUUAGAUUGGAACAGUACGGGCACUCAACUAGCGACAGGAUCGUACGAUGGGUACGCAAGAAUAUGGUCCACCGACGGGAAGCUCGUGAGCGACCUUCACGGCCACACGGGGCCAAUCUUCGCCCUGAAAUGGAAUCGAAACGGGAAAUACAUCCUCUCGGCCGGUGUGGACAGAACGACGAUCAUUUGGGACGCGGCGAAUGCAGAAGUCAAGCAGCAAUUUCCAUUUCACGAAGCGCCGGCGCUCGAUGUCGAUUGGAAGGACGAUACGAUAUUUGCUUCAUGCUCCACUGAUAAGAAAAUUCAUGUUUGUCAGAUGGGCAGAACGACGCCGGUUAUCACAUUCACUGGGCACGAGAACGAAGUCAACGCAAUCAAAUGGGAUCCAUCUGGUGAGCUUCUCGCUUCAUGCUCAGACGACAAGACCUUGAAACUCUGGAAGACGAACUCGGAGAGGUACAUCCACAAUCUCUGCGCGCAUCAAAGUGAAAUCUACACUAUCAAAUGGUCACCGUCAGGCGGCAACUCUCCGCUGCCCAAUCAAGAUCUCCUCCUCGCUUCAGCCUGCUUCGAUUCCACCGUGCGUCUCUGGGACGUCGAUAGCGGCACGUGUCUCCACAGAUUAACCAAGCAUGAAGAGCCAGUAUACUCCGUGAGCUUCAGCCCGGACGGAAAAUUACUCGCGUCUGGCUCCUUCGACAGAUGGAUUCACAUUUGGUCGACGAAUUCUGGCGAGUUGGUGCACUCGUAUCGUGGCACAGGCGGCUUCUUCGAGAUUUGCUGGAACUCGCGAGGCGAUAAAUUGGGCGCCAGUGGCUCGGAUGGAUCCGUCUGCGUGCUAGACUUGAGGAGAUGA